CCUCAAUGUCGUGCCCUUCGACUUGCAACAGAAGUAUGAAGCACUAUCCUACGUGUGGGGGGAUCGAAAGAGCAAGAAGUCCAUCUGGCUCGACAAUCAUGUUCUCGAAGUUACCGAUAACCUGUGGCUAGCGAUGCGACGUCUCCGAAAGCCCUCGACCCCUCGCGUGCUAUGGAUCGACGCCAUAUGCAUCAACCAACGCGACAACGACGAGAAAUCCCACCAGGUCGGGAUGAUGGGAGACAUAUAUAAGGGCUGCACCGGCUGUAUCAUCUGGCUAGGAGAGAGUGCUGAAGAGCCCGGCGCAGGCGUGCAGUCCGUGGCCGCUGUCCGAGCUAUCGAAUUGCUGGGCCUGUUGGCUUCGGACAGGCACUUGCCUGAUCUCCCGUGCUUCAAGGCAGUUAAGGGUAAACGAACGGACAUCGUGAAGAAGUACGAAGACCAUUUCACGGCCCUGAGGCAGCUCCUGGAUCUCCCGUGGUGGAGGCGUAUUUGGGUUAUUCAGGAGCUGGUCUUGCCUAGUAAGGUCACCUUCCUCUACGCAUCUGAGGAGCUGCCUUACCAAGCUCUAGUGGGGGCGGUAGGAAUGCUCAACACCCAUGCCGCGACUUGUUGCAAGUCUCACCGCAUGUCGCUACGGGCACUAGGUUUCGAUCCCCUCGUAGUGAUCCAGGAACAGGUCGACCCGAUCGUCUCUACGCGGGAGAAAUGGGCCAAGCACGAAUCGACGACUCUCUCUCAACUGCGAAGACAGUUCUACACGUUCCAAGCCACGGAGAAGAGAGAUCUGUUUUACGGACUUCUCGGUCUCGUCACGGAUUGGGGUUCUGCCGGACCCCUCGUGCCUAACUACAGCAGCCCCCCGCGAGUAGCCAUCACCGAAGCCGUCUUCAAAUGCAUAUCGGAGCAAGCAGGGAUGGAGUUUCUUCUUGGUGAGAGGACGUUUCGUACCUCUGCGCCAAAGGAUACCCCAGAAAUGCCCUCAUGGAUUCCCGAUGCGUAUUUUUGCUCGCUGCCAUCGAAGGGGGCGAUCAUCGAGCAGCGAAGACUCAUCAUGUCAUCCUCCUUUUCCGCUUCGGGGCCCCACAGCCAAGAUCCCUCUGACUUAGCGCUUGGGCAGGAUGAGACUCUUCUCGCACAGUCUCUCAUGAUCGAUAAGGUCGCUAAAGUGGGAAGGGUAUGCGAAGCAGUGGAGAAAUGGGUCGAAACACCCGGCGUAUUUCGACAGUGGAUAGAGAUGGCUGGACUGGGACCCAAAAAUUGGCCGAAGAAGCCCCCUAAAGAAGGCACGCUUAGGGACGCCUUUUGGAGAACGAUCUUUAACAAUUGUGUCGAGGACGACGUGCCAGGCCUAUCAUACCGAACAGCUAGUGCGAAGGACUACUCCGAGUUGCGGAAGCUGUGGCACUGGCUUCGGAUGAUUGGACCUUUGCUUAGCAAUACAUCACAUGACGUGCUUCAGUCUAUGGCAUCGAAGACGGUGUACCAUAUUGUCGUUUGUCUGUGGCAGCGUCGACUAAUCAUCACCGAAGGUGGCAUGAUCGGAUUGGCACCCCGAGAUGCAGAUGUCGGUGACGAGAUCCACGUUCUCUUGGGUUCCCCGUCGCCGUUUUUCUUGAGACCAACUGGGGAACUUACCAAUGUUGAAGAUAAGCUCGAUCCUCUUCCCUCUUACACUGUUAUUGGGAAUGGAUAUGUCCAUGAUAUCAUGUUUGGGAAAGCAGUGAACGAUAAGACGCUGCGGAAUGUUAAAACCGUAGCAAUUUAUUAGAAGCUACAUCAAUCAUAUUCAUAAGAAAAGGGGCAAAGGAUACUGGAUCAUGGCUCGGAUAGCAUACGAGAUUCAGGUGUCAGUUAAAACGACUAGGUUAGUGAAAUAUCUUAGUACUUUUUAUUCUUUAUAUAACCGAAGAUGUCUUCGUUCC